AUGAAACUUCUGUGUAGUGCCGUGUUGUACACUCUCAUAACCCUCGCGCUUCUUGGGGCACACGCAGAACGGCCGGUUUCAUAUCCUGUUCGAUGGGACAGUGCCGCGUCGACCCCGCCGGGCCCGCGCAAUCUGGCCUCUCCCUACCUCGGCGAGUGCAUGUGCGACGCGACCUGGGGCGCGUGCGACCCCAACUGUUGCUGCGACACCGAUUGUACGCUGAGGGAGAGGAAGAUGUUUUCAUUUUGCCUGCAGGAGACCGUCGGAUCCUCUCCCAUUGAGUACUGUUCUGCGCGGAGGCAAGAGACGACGGCGGUUCAGGUUUCCCGGCGGUACCUUGACAGAGUUCAUAGAGGAAGUAGAGCGGUUUGCAUCGUUAGGGCCAACGAUAUAAAGGAAUUAAAUCCAUUUUUUCUUCUUCCGAAGACAGUAUCAAAACCCCGCGAUAAGGCAGCCGAUGAUUGGGUUGGACCGAGACAAUCCAACGGGUAUGUGGUGAAUGGCGAUUUAUUGUUGAUGAAAAACAUAAAUGUUGGUAAAGUGCCGUAUGAAAUGAGAAGUAUGGGAUUGCUUCGGAUUACAUCGGGAAGCCAGGAUGGAUCCUGCACGGCAGAGGGAAGACGUGUACGGUUUAUGAACCCCAUAGACUCUACGGCUUGCGUACUCGCCGGUGCAAAGGCUUGUGCGCUUUUUCCAACAAACAGUUACGCAAAUUUGUUCUUGGCGAGUCCGGGAGAUUUGGCUUCGCGGAGCUUCACGCCCAUGCAGCUACAGAUUUUUAGCGCCACCUCUGGUAACUUGCUUGCCCAGGUUGAUGCAACUUCAGGCAUGCCUGACCUUUACAACUCCGUUAUUCACGGAAAGGAUUGCAAAAACGGUCUUGUGCGAGCUCAGACGCUUUUGAUGUAUAAUUCAACGGAAACUGGGCUUUCCUUGACAAGCGCAACCACAAAGUUAUACAUUCGCGAUAUAGAUAAAGAAGCCAUCGUCCCCGUGCUUUUUCAGGUGGAAUUUUCUCGCCUUGGUGGGACAACGCCAGGCAGCUAUUUUUCAGGUACUCCGGGCUAUUCCGAAGGCGCGCGUCUGCGAGCUGGCACGCUUUUGGAAGAGAAUGGUAAAUCCGCAAUUUCCGAAAGAGUUUCUGGAUUUUCCAUCCCCAGCGGCGACAGGUCUUGCUACGAGAACAAGUAUCGUAGUGUGGGUUUUCUGUAUGAUGUGCUAAGCAGUGGCUGUAGAAUUUCUAUUUCUGAGUUGGAAUUGCGCAGAAUUUGUGCAGGAGGAGGGACGAGCGAACUGCUUCAAAAGAUUCUUAGCAUAAAUGUGAGUCCCUCCUCUGGCUUUGUUGGAGAAACAAAACCAAUUGCCUAUGUGGCUCGCACGAAUGAUGCGCUGGUGAAUGACACCACAGGCUGGGUAGAAAUCGAUGGGAUGAAUUUCAGCGACGCGACACCUGCCGCGUACGACGCCGUGAAUCGGCGCUGCAGCAACAUUUACGUCGGGCUCCACUACAAGUUUGUUGUGUCUAGGGUCGGGGCCAGCUUCAACCCGCAGAACGUCAUUGUGGCCGCGUUUGCCGAUCCCAUUAUUGGUAGCUGGCGAAUACGGAACACGACAGACUUCAGUGAGGCCGCCGUUUCCGUUCAGCGGUUUCGUUUUUUGGUCUCCUUUAGCUGGGCCCAUGCGGAGGUGCGGAAAACGCGUCAGCAGCGGGUUAUUGCGCCCCCGAUUUUGCCCCGCUUGGAUGAUGCGGUUUUCUACCCCUUUGGGCCCCCUUAG